AUGUGUGUGAGGUUCCUGGCAGUGGAGUGUACGGUGUGUGUCCUGGCACGGUGUUCCGGCUCUGCCGCUGGCUGUUAUAGACGCUUCCCUGUUUUCAGUGAGACUCAGGAGAUUAGGAGAAUGGAGAGAGCCGGACACAGGAGGCCGUGGGAGGCCGUGCUGGCCAUGGCGCUGAUUUUUGGUGUUCUGCAGUCUGCCUCCUGUGUUACAUUUGUAGUCAAAGAUUCAGCUAACAAAACGUGCAUUAUGGCCGACCUCUCUGUUAAUUUCACAGUUGAAUACACUGCUGGCACCAAACAGGAGAAAGCUUUCUUUGGAUUACCAGUCAGUUCGACUGUGGGUGCAAACAGCACUUGUGGCCAAGAAAAAGUAGCACCACUUCUAGUAAUUGUGUUUGGAAAUCAUUCCCUCAGCGCAAACUUCACCAAGAAUGAAGCAGGGUAUCAAGUUGAUGAGCUGGUGUUUACAUACAAUCUUUCUGACAAAACUCUUUUCCCUAAAGCAUCUGAAAAUGGAACUAAGGCAGUAGCUACAAAUAAAAGUGCAAUAUUUGCCAAAACAAACACUGUGUAUCGUUGUAUCAGCCCACAUUUUCUCAGUUUGGGAAACGUCAACCUAACAUUUUAUGCUGUCAAGUUGGAAGCAUAUGUGAACAAUAACACGUACAGUAAAGAUGAAUUUCACUGCAGUGAAGACAUUUCUCCUACCAGUGCUCCAUCUCCUUCACCAACCACUGUGCCAGUUAAACAACCGGAAGUAGGGGAAUAUCGAGUUAACGAAACUUCUGGGGCAGCUUGUUUAUUGGCCAAAAUGGGCUUGCAGCUUAAUCUCAACUACAGCAAAACAGAUGGAAAAAUGGCUUUUUAUGAAUUUAAUAUUGAUCCGAAACUCAUCAAAGUCAGUGGCCAGUGCUCUAAUCGCUCAGCAGCUCUGAUCCUUUUCUCUGAACAAAUUUACCUCUUGUUCAACUUCACACUGAACACAACAGUCAGCAAAUUUUACCUUGGCCAAGUCUUUGUUAAUACUACUAUUCUUGAUGCAAAAGAAACCAGGUUUAUUCAAGACAAUUCCAGCCUUUUGUACCUGCAAACUACAGAGCACAAGUCAUACAAAUGUAACAGUAAGCAAACUUUCCAGAUAACAAGCAACUUCUCUAUUAACACCUACAGCCUUCAGAUCCAGGCCUUCGAUAUAGCGGAAAACAAAUUUGGACCAGCUGUGGAAUGUGUAGAAGAUCAGAAUGGCAUGUUGGUGCCUAUCGUGGUUGGUGCUGCCCCUUGCUGGUCUCGUCCUAAUUGUGCUGAUUGCUUAUCUCAUUGGAAGAAAGAGAAGUCAUGCUGGAUAUCAAACAAUAUA